AUGGUAUCUCAAGAAGAAAGAAGCGAGCCCUCACAAGUAACCGGACAGUUAUACGCUGCAGCAGGUGUCGCUCAGCAGGCAGUAGCAUCAGUCAUUCCAUCAGCAUUAGGAGGCGACUCAAUCUUGGAAUCAGGUAAAAACCUAGAACAAUCAGGUAAAUUGCAAGUUGACGAUGCAAAGAGUAAAAAAGCUUUGGAAGCUACAAUAGACUCAGGUGUGGGGAAAGCAAAAUCUGCUUUAGGAUACUUAACAUCCGACCAGACUCGUCAAUCAGAGGGUAACAAAGAAUCCGAAAAAGCUCAAUGGGAUUACAAACAGGCUGCAUCAGAUUCCAUCGCUGCCGUCCCUAUACCUUCUAAAGAAGGAUUGGAAGGGAAGUUGGAGAGUGUACAGGGAAUGGUCAUGGGAGAUCAAGAGAAACAGAAAGAGGGGAAUGUCAAAGCUGAGAAAGCAGCUUGGAAAGAUGGCGUAUAG